UGAAGGAGGGAGAGGCCCCGCCCGCGGCGCGUCACGUGACUGAAGGGGAGCCCCUCCCAACGGUCACUGAGAGAGAGAGAGACACCGAAACCGGGAGACGAAGAGAGACUAACACCGGGGAGAUCCGGAGCCGCAGCAGCCGCACAUACCGGCAGCGUGCAUCACACCGCGGCGGGGAGAGACAUGGGCAUGACCGCGGGAGAGGCACACGGGGCUCUGUGCAGCCGCUGAGGGGAGAGACGCUGGGCUAAUCCCCCGUACACUCGGUGGGGGGAGGAGGUGACGGAGUCUGUGCUGUGGCAGCGCCCGGGCCGGAGGCCUCACAGGAGGAGGAGCUAGAGGUGCAAGUGCGGGAAGGCCAAACUCUCAGAAGCAUGUUUGAAGCGCAGGCGUUCAUUCUGCACACAAUCGGAGUGGUGGUGAUAAGUGACAAGUAAGGAAGAUAAAUUAUCAAGCCGAAUCCAGAGCAUGCUGGGAAACUACGAUGAAAUGAAGGAUAUGAUAAGUGACCGCCCUUCGCCAAUUGGCAUUCCCAAGCACGCUGUUCCUCCACCACCUUCUGAUGAUAAGUCUGGACAGGGUUUCUUUGGUGAACAGCGACAUAGUAAUUCUCACCAAAGCAGUAAAUGGACUCCUGUGGGGCCGGCACCAAGCACUUCUUCUCAGUCCCAGAAACGUUCCUCAUCUGGUACACAAGGAGGGCACAGCAGAAGCAGCGGUGGCAAUAGCAGCAGUCAAAGGCAUGAUAGGGAAUCCUACAGUAGUAGCCGUAAAAAGGGGCAACACGGGUCAGAACACUCCAAAUCUCGUUCCAUUAGCCCAGCCAAGCAGUCUGCUUUAAGUUCUAGCCAUUCCCGUGCCCAUGGGAAUGAUCAUCACAGCAAGGAUCGUCCACGCUCCAAAUCUCCAAGGGACCCAGAUGCUAACUGGGAUUCUCCUUCUCGAGCACCUUCAUUCUCAAGUGGACAACACUCCUCACAAGCAUUUCCCCCGUCUCUGAUGUCCAAGUCUACUUCAAUGCUGCAAAAACCUACAGCUUAUGUACGGCCCAUGGAUGGGCCAGAGUCUAUGGAACCAAAGCUGUCCACUGAACACUACAGCAAUCAGUCCCAAGGCAAUAGCAUGAGUGAGCUGAAAUCAAAUAGCAAAGCAAAUUUAACAAAGUUGAAAAUGCCUUCCCAGCCUUUAGAUGCUUCUGCAUCUGGUGAUGUGAGCUGUGUGGAUGAAAUUCUUAAAGAGAUGACCCACUCAUGGCCUCCCCCUCUGACUGCUAUCCACACCCCUUGCAAAACUGAGCCCUCAAAGUUUCCAUUCCCAACAAAGGAAUCACAACAGUCAAACUUUUCCUCCACUGAUCAAAAAAGAUACAGUACAUCAACGAAAGCUUCCAAUGGUCAUCCAUCUAAAUCCAAUUUAAAGGAAGACUUGAUGAUAACCACCAGUGAAGAGAGUGAUCUAGAUCAGCGUCUUGUUUUCCUGCAGGACUGUGAUAAAACCGUACCAACCAACACACCAGGAAGUAAUUCUGAGCCAUCACAACCUAACAGUGAAGGAGCGGAGAAUUCCAGGGAUGAUUCGAGCAGCCACAGUGGGUCAGAGAGCAGCUCUGGAUCAGAUUCUGAAAGUGAAAGCAGCUCCAGUGACAGUGAGGCAAAUGAACCAUCACGCUGUGCCUCUCCAGAGGUAAUAUUGCAGUCUGAAAAGCCUGAUCCUCCACCAUCAAACAAGUGGCAAUUGGAUAAUUGGUUGAAUAAAGUGAAUCCACACAAAGUGUCUCCCGCGUCUUCAGUAGAGAGCAUUAUUCCAUCAUCACAAGGAUCCAGAAAAGAUGUUCAAGAGCAAGGAACAGGAUCUAGCUAUAUGGAACGAAGUGGGCCAAAGGAGUCCAAUAAUUCUACCCCAGUCAGAGACUCCAAAGUGGCACAAAAAGGCUCUGAGGGAAGCCGUGGGAGGCAGAAGUCUCCAGCUCAAAGUGAGAGUGCAACUCAGAGAAGAAAUGUUGGAAAAAAACAACCAAAAAAAAUUGAGAAGGCAGCUGUAGAGGCACCAAGAAGAGAACUCAAAAUAGAAAGUGUAACAACAGCAGAAACGACCACCAAUCUGCCUGUUAAUAGACAUAAGGCAGCCACAAAAGGCUCUAGAAAGCCGAGUAUUAAAAAAGAGCCUAAGUCGUCUCCUCGGCCUGCAGCAGAAAGGAAAAAGUAUAAGCCUUCAAAUAAACCAUCUCAGAAAUCCAAGGAGUUUAUUGAAACUGAUACCUCAUCCUCUGACUCUGAUGAAAUUGAGAGCCUCCCUCCUUCAUCCCAAACCCCUAAGUAUUCUGAGAGCAAUAGGACUCCUCCAGCCAAACCCUCCGUUGAGGAGGAUGAUAGCUUUUUCCGGCAACGAUUGUUCUCUCCUAUGGAAGAGAAAGAGCUUCUUUCACCCCUAAGUGAGCAAGAGGACAGAUACCCUCUUAUUGUAAAGAUCGACUUAAGUCUGUUAUCAAGGAUACCUGGGAGGCCUUCUAAGGAGACUGAACCACUGAAGGUUGAAAAGACUGCACCAGAGAAACAUCCAAAAGAAACCCAGAAACAGACUGAAAAAACUACCAACAAGGGAAAGAGGAAGCAUAAGAAUGACGAUGAGGUCAGGGGUAAUGAGAGCAAAAAACCAAAAGUGGAGGAGAAGACCUCAAGCCACAAAGUGUCCAAUAGAGAGUUAUCGAAACAGAAUCCAGUUAAAGAAAAAGAUCCCCUGCCAUCACCUGCCCCACCUGCACUACAGAAAGAUUCCAAGACAGAGAAUGGACCACGUAAAAGAACAGUUAGCCAAUCAUCCUCCCUGAAAUCUGGUAGCAGUGGCAGCACUAAGGAAAGCAGCACCAAAACCAGCUCUUCUGCCAAGCAGAGAAAGACGGACGGGAAGUCCACUAGCACUACAAAGGAACCCAAGGAAAAAAUCUCAAAUAAUACCACUGCUGUAGCUUUCAUACCACCAAUUGAUAACAAGUCCCGAAGGGCUAAGCUGAUUUUUGAAGACAGGAAUCACUCGGCUGAUCAUUACCUGCAAGAAGCAAAGAAACUCAAGCAUAAUGCAGAUGCUUUGGUAAGAGUCUUUAAAAAUACUGAAGCAAAGAAACUCAAGCAUAAUGCAGAUGCUUUGUCUGACCGAUUUGAAAAAGCGGUAUACUACCUUGAUGCUGUGGUUUCUUUCAUCGAGUGCGGCAAUGCAUUAGAGAAGAGUGUCCAAGAGUCAAAAUCACCAUUUCCUAUGUACUCUGAAACAGUUGAGCUCAUUAAGUACACUAUGAAACUGAAGAGCUCUUCAGCUCCAGAUGCUACAGCAGCUGAUAAACGACUUGGUGUUCUUUGUCUCCGAUGUCAGUCUCUUCUGUACUUACGAUUGUUUAAACUGAAGAAAGAAAGUGCAUUAAAAUAUUCCAAAACCUUAACUGAGCACCUAAAAAAUUCAUAUAGUAAUUCACAAGCUCCAUCACCUGGAAUUGGAAGUAAGUCGGUGAGCAUGCCCUCACCAGUGUCCCCGAAGUUGUCCCCUGGCAUUUCAAACAGCUAUACCUCUAGUGUGUCCAGUUCCGCAAGCGGAACAACUUCAGUAACUAUUCCGCAGAGGAUCCAUCAGAUGGCUGCCAGCUACGUCCAAGUCACGUCCAACUUUCUUUAUGCCACUGAGAUUUGGGACCAAGCCGAACAGCUGUGUAAAGAGCAAAGUGAGUUUUUUACAGAACUGGACAAGGUAAUGGGCCCCUUGAUCUUUAACUCGAGCACCAUGACAGAACUGGUACGCUACACCCGUCAAGGCCUCCAUUGGUUACGCUUAGAUGCCAAGUUGAAACAUUAAGGACCCGAGUGACUAAUGACUCUGAAAAUUUUCUUGCUGCCUCUAACUUUUUCCACAACACUGUGUCCUACUGAGAAGGAAGACUGCCAUAACAUAAUGUCUGGCUGGCACUGAGGACAAGUAGCUCUGCACAUCUUGGUUUCAGCCAUAUCCAUUAAAUCACCCUCCUGAUCAUCAUGCUAAAAGACAUGUUCAAACUUCACUUUUUAUUUAAAAAAAAAAAGAAAAACUUAUUUAAAAAUAUUUUUCAACAUAGCAUUAUAAAUGUUUUUUCCCCAUCAUUUUACAGAGGAAUGCAUAUUCCCAAUAUCAUGCACGUUAAAUUGUUAAAACUAUUUAUUUUAUUAAGCUCAUUGCAAAUGUAAAAUCUGCCAUGGGAGGCUGCAUCCUUCCUUGUCUAUUGUCAAGCCUCCAGCAUUGUGGGGGAUGGGCAAUACGCGUGUGUCUGGGCCUGUAGUCCGUAGUACACACCUAGGUGUUAUCGUUGCUGUGGCACGUCACAGGACUGAACAGAGUCUAGGAAUUGUAACUCAGCAGUUGAAACGGGAUUACAUUGUUUUUCUAUAUCUCCUAGAAAUUUAGCCUUCCAAGUACUUUUUAUGAUACAACUUAUGCAUUUCUUGUUUUUUUAAUGGUUUGUGGUCAUUGUUACUUUGUUCCGUCUUCUUGUGUUAGGACAAAGACUCUAAAGCAGUACAUUUUAUUGUAGCCAUAGGUUCUUCCUAUACAUAACAUCCAACAACUGUCAGAGAAUAACCACAUUUUUAUGAGUUCAGUAGAGACCUGGAAGGCACCUAAGAUGAUAAAGAUUAUAUCAGCAAAAGAAGACUGCUUUGGACCACAUGGUAGGCCACUUAUUUACAAUCAUUAGGGUACAUCGUUUGAAAGGCAAUCUUUAGAUUGGUUGAACAGGGUAUGAUGAAUUUACAUAUAACCUAGCCGUUGAUUGCAUGUGACGGACUAAAUUCAUUUGUAUGAUAUUAUAUUGGCACAGCCUAGGGCUAUUACUUGCAUAUUUCCCAGUAUUGUGCUGUGUGGAGUACAGGUUGACAUAUAACAUAAUUGUAGCUGGUUUUCAGCUAAAUGUAUAUUGAUUGACUAGGAGUAUGCAUUAUUCCUGAACAUGAAGCAAAGCUUUUCUGUAUUAGCCCAUAAAAUGGGAUUAUGUGGGUUUGGGCAAGUUGCCUGUGUUUUGCAGCAGAACCACAUUUUAGAGUUGUCCCUUCUCCAUUAAAGUAUAAUAUAUUUGUUGAACCCAAGCAAUAUUAAGAAGUAUUAUCUGGCUUCAGUGUUUUCACAGUCCAGAUGAAGUUGUUGGGUUGUUUUUAUAUGAAAGCAUGCUGUAACAUUUACGAUUUUGUGUAUAAAUCCUGCAUCUACAUGUGCUCAGUUUCUGAGAGAUGAACCCUGUGUGUGCAGCUCCACCAGUGAUUGUGUUGUGUAGAACGGCUGGAUUCUGCACAUUCCUGAUCAUAUAUCCCCUGACAUGGCAACUGAAAAGUGUGCUUCUGAAUGUCACAAAAUGUUUUUUGUGUGUAUUUUUAUACACGUAUAUAUAAAAUUAUCAUUCUUUAAUGUCUAAGAAUGAUAAUGCUCAGAUACCCUGUUCUACUAUUGAAUCAAAGUGUCCUUCAUCCCACUAAGUUUUAUGGAAAUUGCAUUUUUAAUCUAAUUUUUAGAUGGAAAUCUAGAAACUAAAGCUCUGUGUUCAGAGUCAUUUUAAUAGCCAAGCUUUUGCCCUGACAUGACCACAUGACUGUUUGCACUAAUAUGAUUGGAUAGGGUCUUCAGUGACUUGUUAUAUGUAUAUGAUGGUCGGCAUAUUUUAAUGCAUCACUAAUGAAGCAGUAACUGACUAAGCAAAUUUGCAAAGUACAGUAUUUUAAACAUCGUUAUUUUUGUCAGUCAGAAGCUGUUUGCAGUGUCUGACAUCGGUACAUCCUGGAAUCUUUCCAGUGGACUCCACCCAGUCUUUUGGCUCCUAAAGCCGGUUACACACUGUAGCGACCGGCAAUCUGGACGAUUUCCCUUGACCCUGAUUGCUGGUACACACUACACGAUUUGAAGAAUGACGGAACAAUAUAUCGAUCCGUCCUUCAUUAGCAUAGAUCAGGUAGCAUUCCAAAUUGUCCGGUUGGCCAUUUACCAUGGCCAACCGGACAUGUGACCGUGGGAGAGUGCAAAUCGCCAGUACACACUAGACAAUGUAGAUGAAAUGUCGUUACAAAAUGGCAAAUCAUAACAAUAACGCUCCAGUGUGUACCCGGCUUAACGCCAACAAAGCAUACUGUGAAGUAUUGGUGUUUUGGUUCUUUUUCUCCAAAUGAUAUUAAAGAAAAAGGCAGUAAUAUAUUGUAGUAAGUCAGCUCUGUUGCAAUAUAGUCUUCACACCUGCAAUGUUUGUCCAUGUCCCCAGCAGCAGUAUAGUUGGUGGCUGAGAAGGGGGGAUACUGCAUGGGUGCAGAGACUGUGCAAGAAGUUGUGAUCUCCAUUGCACGGUCGGUGUUUUCUGCUUUCUAUUUUACCACAUAAGUUUUUUGUUUCAUUUUGGGAGUGCUGCUUUCAAAUUGCUUUCAUCCAAAGUACCGUGAGAUGGUGCAUCUUAGAUAGGAGGGAGAUGACGGCUGUGUGUUCAGCUUUGUGCCACUCUCUUCUGGUGUGCCUUACCUCAGUAUCUUUUAUAUACCUUGUCCUUGAGUGUCCCCAAGAGACUGCAUUCAUAGGGUUUGGUAUACUGUGUUAUUAGGCUAUUACUUUAUUCCGUGGAAUGAUUGAGCACAAAUUAAGGGGAAAUUACCAUAAAACUUUUAAAAUUAUAUAUACUGUUUUUAGGAUCGUUGGCUUUGAUCCGUUUUGUUUUUUUAGAUAUUUGUUGGCGAUCUAGAAAAGUAAGGACAUAGAUGUGAGCAUUAGCUUUUCUUCCCACUUUAUAUUUAUUAUGCGUCGUGUACUUAGGACAAACCAGAGUUCAAGAUUCACUCUCUUGUGGUGUUGAAGGUUACUGACACUUCCGUAAAAUGUCUAGUGUUCUCUAUAUGGGAAUAGCAGAUGAGUAUAGUAUGUCUUAGGGUGCAUUUCCCCUAUAAGAUACAGUGUUGCGAGGAGAUCCCCUGUUAUUACGCUGUCCUGUCCUCUGCAUCACUCACUGUCCAUGCGUCUCUUGCUGUGGUGGAUCAGUGGGAGAUUUUUAUGUAUUGCAUAUCAUUAUGUGUACUACAGUGAUUGCUGUUCAUUUUAAAAUUCAUACUAUUGUAAUAUCAAGUGUUUUGAUGAUCUGUUCAUUACUUUAAAUGGCUCUGCGGCUUUCAGGUGAUCUGCUAAUGAUCCAAAUAUAACUCUUUCAGUAUCUAACCAUGAAUUACCCAUGAUGGCAUACACAUAAGACAUAGUUCUGUUGUAUAUUUGUACACGUCUCCUUUAUGCUGCUUUCUACCCCAGCAACACCCCCUCUACCAGCAUCAGGGUUGGUUAUUGCACAUCUGGAUCAUAUGAGGUGGUGUCUUGUGCCAAAAGAAUAGAUUAGCUGCUUAAGUGCACAGUGUGUGAAAUAAGACUGAACGCUAUGAGAUAACACUAUAUAGAAUAAGCUCCUUUUAUCAUAUGUACAUUGUUUGGAGGAAUACAUUAUCAAUCAAAUAAACCUCAGAUAAAUAGAUUAUUUUUUUCACAAGCAAAUGACAUUCUUAUUAGAUCAUGACAUAUUUGAUUAUACAGAUUUAUUUUGCUAUCAUGAAAUAUUCAUAUAUAAUCAGAUGUACAGGUUAUUCUCAGAUAAUUUAAGCAUAUGUAUGGAAUUAUCUCCAUGAUAAUUACUGUAAACCUAUAAUAGUCUUAUUUCAUCUUGUGCAAGUGAAAAUUUAUUGUAAAAAUCUUAGAGACUAAGGACUGAACACUGACUAGAAGGAAUGCCAAGCACAUUUCCCAUAGGUCAGACCUGUAAAGUACAAGGGCAGCCGUUGGCUUAAGGUAUUUUUAAAAGGUAUGGCGUAGUGCCUGCCACCCUGUUCGAUCAAUGUCAGUGUCGUUUUUACAUGGUGUUUAAGAGCAGUCGGUAAAAUAAAAUGUAUUGGGCUAGACGCCACGAUAAAGUUCUCCAUAGUGCCCAAAAGAAAUGAUCGUAGCAUGUUGGGUAACAAAUCUCUAACUAUAUAGCCUAAGUAAUUGUUUCUUCCUUAGUGAGAUCUCAGCGUUACGUUUAUGCUCUUACUGUAGUAUGCAGUGUGUAUAGUACUUGUUCAAUAUGGUUGUCUAAUCUUGGUCUAUAAUAUUCCUUUCUUUAGGUAGAGAUAGUGCAACCAACCAUAUUAUUAUUAUUAUUAUUAUUUAUUCAAUUUGCGGGAAUAAGGCUGUUUCCUUCACUGCUGUUCUUGCAGGUUAAAAUACAAGUGCAAUGUUCUCCUUGUAGAUUGAGGCUUGAUUGCUGUUAUUUUUUAUUACUUUUUUUUUUUAAAAGGAAAAAUAUAUUUAUGAUUGUCCAUUCAUGUGGAAGGAUACAGAUGUGAUUUUAAACAAUACUCUUUGGACAAAGGGAUUUUAAUUUUGUUUUACAUUGUUCCCUGUCAGUGGAUGCUACCUGCAAUUAUUUGUGUUUUGCUCUGGAAUAGAGAUUGGACUUUAAAAGUCCGAUUUAUAGAAGUCAAAAGUGGCUUUUCCUGCAACUGUUUAAUUUUUUAACUUGGAUGAAAAAAAAAAUGUCCUCUGAUCGGGAUCCAGUCUGAAGAUCGACGAUGUUUAGGUCAACCACUAUAGGUCGACAGGGUUUCUAGGGCGACGUGCUAGGUCGACAGGUCAAAAGGUCAACAUGAGUUUUUCACGUUUUUCUUUUUUUGAACUUUUUCAUACUUUACCGUUCCAAUCGUAGUCCACGUGGAAUGUUAUCUGUGCCGAGUGAAGCGAGCCAUGCGAGGGGACACGGUGCACUAAUUGGGCUUCCCUGUCACUGUACGGAGAAAACGACAUCAAAAAACCAUGAAAAACUCAUGUCGACCUUUUGACCCGUCGACCUAGAAACCAUGUUGACCUUCAGACCCUGUUGACCUAUAGUGGUCAACCUAAACAUUGUCGACCUAAUGAUCCACACACCCCUGAUCAGCAUAUCUCCUGUUUAUAGUGGGUGUGUGCACCCUGCACUGCUGGCCUGCUGGGACCUGUAUUGAAUAGCAGCUGCAAUGCUAUAGGUUACCACUCCUUGUUGUGGGGGACACAUUUUAUUCAAGGGGCUGUCUACUUUUUUCAGUAUCAUAAAGUUAAAAUACCCAGUCUUUAAUAAGGAGUCACCUCGGCCUAUGAAGUAUUUACAGUACCUGUUGAAUAAAUAAUGCAUACAGUAUUCAUACUUUUUUUUUAGUGUGGUCUAAGUCAGAAUGUCACCUUUGGAAAGUUUUAUUCUGUGCUAUCCGCAGCUUUGUCAUAUUCAACAGUAGAAGCCAUAUGCAGUAUGUUAUUGACCACUGUUUGUCUACUUUCCAUUGCUUCCUGUCCCCUAGUCAUUUUCUAGUUUAUCAUGCAGAGCGUAGACUGGGUAAUAGGUAUAUGUGAAAGAACCAUGACAUAGACCUGAGCCAUGUAGUUCAUUUUAGGGGAUAGAGUUAUUAAAGGGGCAUGUCUGUGGAAUAGACUCUUAAUCUCCCGGAAGGUAAGAAGCAUUGUUCUGUAUUUGGGCUGGAGGAAACAUGACAGUCCAGUCUUUAUUCUAUGGUGUUCAUGUGUUAUCCAUAGAAAUGUAUUUUCUACUCCGAUACAGUGUCAGGUAUGUGGUUAAACUUGACCCACAUUGGUUUUAAAUGACUUCAACUCAACACUGUUCUUUAUGUAACACUUUUAUUUGGUUCACCUUUGCUUCUUGUCUUAUAAUCAGUUAAACUACACUCAAGAGUAGGGAACGUAUAAAGAUUUGUGCUGCUGCUGUAAGAACCAUCCUUUCUACAUACAAAGACGAAUGCACACAAUUUUACAAUGUGUGUUCUGCGGAAGCCAUUGAUAUGUGUCGUCCUUACAGUGUUUUGAUUAUUUACAUAUCGGUCAUAAAAUAGACAACUGUUCAUAUUACUUUAUUGUCUACAUCAAUGUACACUUCCCAACAGAUCAGCAAACGUAUCUCUUACUGUGUUGUUUUUUUUCUUUAAUACAUUUACUGUCAGCAACAGUUAUUUCUUCCAAAUGUGUUCACAGAUAUAUAGUGUGUAAAAUAUUUUUUUUUUCCAACAUUGCUGGCUUUAUAAUCACAAUUAUGCAGCUGUCACCUAUACACUGUGAAAGCAGUAGCUGAAUGUGAAUAUUUAUCAGGAUGUAGCCUAUCCAUUAAUUGGGAACCAGUGACCUCACUGAGGCCCAGUGAAUCAUGCAUUUUCUUGUUUCCAUUCAUAAGAGCAUAGCCCGUCGGCCAGCUGGUUCUCAGUAGACCUGCCAGGUUGCCUUUUCAUGAUGUACGAGGAGCAGGCCUGCUCACAGAUUGGCUCCAGAUUGAAUAGGUGACAGUUGCACUCUAAAGGAACCUAUGCUCAAAAAUAGAACCGUUUUGUUGUACCAUCUCUAAAUGCCCUCUACAUUGUGUCUAUCGGAAAAGGUUAAGUAAAAAUGGAACUUGUAAAUUACUGUUCAAUGGAUAUGUGAGAGGAGACAUAUAUUUGUUUAUUUCAUUAAAGCAUAUGUGGAAACUGCAUGUUUAUGUAAAUGUUCUAAAAUACCAAUAUUAUCUCGUCAUCUCUGUAUUAUAUGCUCUGUGUAUAGAGGUAUUUGUCAUUCAGGUCUGCAAAUCAUUGCUAGUAUUAUUUCUGGUAGCAAUGUUAUAACGGGUUAAUUUGGUGAUUUAUUCCCUUGUUAAUUCGGAUGUAUUGCAGCAUAUUUUAAUUUAGGUAUUUGCAGGGAGUCCUGUUUUGAUGGUAUUCGUUGUUUGAAAGCACUUUCCAUCAUUUUAACUUAAUGAUGCACAGCAACAGACACCCUUGCCCCUCCACUAGACACCAAGAUUAUGGAUUACAGUUCUGCAACAUGACGUAAACAGUGUGUGUAAUGUAUGACCGCAGAUGGUUAAACUCAUAUUUAAUCUGCUUUAUUUCUCUGAAAUUGUCCAACACACAUUUUUAGAAGUCAAAUCAGAGCUUGGAAACUUGUCUGUAUUUAUUAAAAUAAAUCAUUUUUAUUGUUGAAAUGUAGUAUACAUAUUUUUAUUUAGUAAUUAAUUUUUACCACUGAAAAUUGCAUUUAUUAAGGUACUUCCAGAUCAAAAAAAAGCUUUUAUUAUUAAUCAAGUUUUGUACUGUGCGUCAAUCCAAAAUGUGUCAUUUUUUUAACCAAAUCUUUAAUUAAAAAUGAUUUUUAUUUGUUGCAAUACAUUUUUAAAUUGCAAAAUGUACUUUAUGUGCUCAAAUUGUCAAUUUCUAUGCAAAUUUGAGCUUUUCACAUCACAAAGCUGUAAUGUUAAGCAAAGUAUACUUAACUAGAUUUUUCUCUCCCACACCUGUAUAGUAUAUGUAUUUUGUGGUUUUUGAGAAUAUAGGAAGUUUAGAAUGUCCGAAGCAUAAGUUUUAAUGUGUAUUUUUAAACAAAUGUACGGCAAUUCAGAUACUUGGAGAAAAGGGUAUUGCAUUUCAAUUUGUAAAAACAAAAUCUUUUUAACGGUCAUUAAAAUGCUUUGUAAAAUGCAAAACUGUAACUGGAGAAACUAUGUUUAAUAAAUAUCAUAGAUUUUCUGUAUUAUUAAA